UUUUCUCUUUUCUUUCCCGGCCUAAAUCCUGCAAGCUCUCCUUACCCUAGUAAAUAGACAACCCAACCUUUCUCUCUAUCAAAGAUGGCAGUUUCAGACAUUAAUGAAAGUGUUAUCUUGGAAGAAGUUAUGAGUACACAUGAUCCAGAUGGCAAUUUUUUUUUUAAAAUUAAUGUUAUCUUCGAUUUGGUGAAGAGCAUUCUCUAUCCUACUACGAUUGGAGAUAGCAUUGAUGAAGAUGAAGAUUCUGAUAAUGAAGAGUCUAAUGGUGACAAAUCUGAUAAGGAAGACUCUAAUGGUGACAAGUCUGAUGAGGAAGACUCUAAUGGCCACAAGUUUGAUGAAGAAGACUCUAAUGGCGACAAGUCUGAUGAGGGAGACUCAAAUAGCGACGAGUCUGAUGAUGACAAAAAGUCUAAUGAGGAGGGAUCUGACAGUAAAAAAAGGUGGUCGGAAAUUUCAGAAUUUCCAGUAGUGGAUGAUGAUAAGGAAUUUGACACUGAGGAGGAAUAUGCUAAAGACAUGGAACUUCCCUAUCAAUUAAAACACUUUUCCUCUGAGAUGUCAUUGAUGUGUUCAAAAAAUGUGGAUCGACACUCGAUUGUAGUAUAUUUUCUGAAAAUGUUGUCCACAUUUUCCUGGGAUGGCAAGCUUUUGAUUAUGCUGGCAUCUUUCUCCCUCUAUUUUGGAGAAUUUAGCAUUCUUCAUCGUCACAAGGGAUUAUCCGGCAAAUUGGCAAUUCUCAUGGGGCAUGAAAGUCAACUUCUGCCGGUGGAUACUGAUUUAAUCAAAUCAAUAUUACAUUUGACUGAGUAUAUUGUUGAACUUGCGCAAUCAUCCUCUCAUAAUUCAUCACCAAUCAUACCGAUUGGUUGCUAUUGGAUCAUCACGAGUAUUCUUACUUAUGCAUCCUAUUUCACUUCUCGCCUUAUGAGUAUGCAUUCAAGGUGUUUUAUAGCUGAAGAAACACAACUUUCUAGUUUAAAUGUCAAAAUCAAAGACAUAAUCUCCGAAUGCUGCCCGAUACUAGAAGAAAAGAUAGAAGUGGAUACUUACAAUGCAUUAUGUCAUGCAUUCUUUGAUGAUAAUCCAAUUGCCUCCACUUCUUCUAAUUUGGAUGUUUUGAAGUUAGUAUUCAAUGCCAAGAAAGGUGGGAAACAGAAACUCAUAUAUGAUGGUGAUAGCAGAAAAAUGGUAGAAUUACGUUUUUUGAAGAAUAAGAGCUUGCUACUAUUAAUGUCGUCAAGUCUUGACAUUGACAAGUACUUGAUUUUAUUACUUGGUGUCAUACAUGAGAUUACUCAAUUGUAUGUACUUUGGAUUCCGAUAUUAGACUCUUCUACAUUAUGGGAUAUUAAACAUAUGGAAGAACGAUAUGAAAGUUUAGUAAAUGAAGCAGAAAUACUCUUAGUGAGAAAUGUACAGGAAUCAGUUGCACCAGGAUUUGUACGGUUUGUUAAAGAGAAAUUCUUUCCAGAAUUCCAAAUAGGAAGUGAGCCUAUAAUUGUUUCACUAGAUCAUAAUGGAAGGAUGGUUCACCGUAAUGCAAUGCACAUGGUAUUGAUGAGAGGUUUAAAUAUUUGUGAAAGGAUGUCUGGUGGAGUUAAGAUUGGAGAUAGCGUAAUUCCUUUAUUACAAAAAAUUUUGACAGAAAGGGUUUCGACGGUGAGAGAUUUGGUGCCUGGCAUUGAUAGGAGGAUAAGCGAAGUCGCUAAUAAAGUGGAUGGUAUAAUAAAUGAUUGGUUGGGUGACAUUGAAAAGCAAAUACAAAAUCCGGUUGAUAGUAACAUUUUCACAAGUAAGAAGGAAAAAGAUUUAUGGAAGAUAGACACUUGGUGCACUAAGCUUGUGGUAGAUUCGGGUUACAGAUUAUCAAAGUGGGUUAAGGAGAACAGGUGCAUUUUUUUAAUUGGUGGGCAUGACAUACAAUGGGUUAAAACAUUUGAGUCCAAGGUAAUGUUAGCAACUCAGUUUAACCCACAAUCAAAAAUUAAGAUGCACUACGUUGGUAGUAACAUGAAAGUAGCAUCAAUGAUUAAGGAAGACAAGGAUUCCAAAGUAGUCAGUGGUGCUGAAUUGUCAUGGCUUUUUUGGACACGACUUCGAAUCAUAUUCGUGUCAAGGAUUAAAUUCGUAGAAGAGACUCAUGACGAUGAAGAGUGUGAUGAAAUUUUGGGAAGACUAAAAAAGCUGCUAGCCUAUGAAGCUAAUGAUUUAGCAGUUAACGAAUGGGCUAUGCUAUGCAAAGGGGACAAGAUAGUUGUAUGUGACCAAGGAGAUAAAAUGUUGAAAGUCAUGAAUGAAUAUGAGAAAUGGAAGGAGAAUGCAAUAGCUAAAGGCUUUGACCAAGCAUUCAAAGAUCAUUAUGAUGAGAUGCUUGAUUCUACCUAUACUUCACUACAUCAUCAUCAAUGUGCUCUUAAAUGCCCAUCUAAUUUUGACAGUGCCCCAGAGAAUGUAAAAUGCCCCCACUGUUGUCAUUGUAUGCAAAAGUUUGUCACUUUCAAGUGCUGCCACGGCCAUGAUGAUGACGAGGAUUCUGAUUAGGAUGUACUUAAUUAGUUUGAUAUUGAUGACACUUGAUGUAUUUGCAUAUGCAUAUGACAGUUUUUUUUAAUUUGUUACCAACAUCAUAUCAUUUGUAAUAGAGGUUUAAUUUUUUAUGCUGA